AUGGCCCCAUCCCUGUCUGCCCUUCUCUGUCUUGGGCUGUGUCUGGGGCAGGUGGUGCAAGCUCAGCACGGCCCGCUGCCCAAGCCCUCCCUCCAGGCCGUGCCUAGCUCCCUAGCGCCCCUGAAGACGCAGGUGACCAUCCGCUGCCAGGGGCCCCCGGGGGUGGACUUGUACCGCCUGGAGAAGCUGAGGUCCGGGAAUUACCAGGAUCAGCCCAUUCUUUUCAUCCCGGCCAUGGAGGAACGUUUCGCCGGGUGCUACCGCUGUUCCUAUCAGAAUGGGAGCCGCUGGUCUCCCCCCAGCGACCGGCUGGAGCUGGUUGCUACAGGAGUUUAUGCCAACAAGCCCUCGCUCUCAGCUCAGCCCAGCCCGGCUGUGUCCCCAGGAGGGGAAGUCACUCUCCAGUGUCGGAGCCAAUACAAUUUUGACCAAUUUGCUCUGUACAAGGAAGGAGAUGCUGGGCCCCAGAAGGGAUCUGAGAAGCAGUACUGGGCUGAUUUCCCCAUCACCGCAGUGACUGUUGCCCACAGUGGGACCUACCGAUGCUACAGCUUUUCCAGCAAGUUGCCGUACCUGUGGUCAGCCCCCAGCGACCCCCUGGAGCUUGUGGUCACAGGGACCUCUGUGACCCCCGGCUGGUUAUCCGCAGAACCACCAUCCUCUGUGACAGAAUUCCCAGAAGCCUCCAGGAAACUGAGCAUCGCACUCAUCAACAAGAGCUCUACAAUUGAGACUUCUAGGACUAUCACCAUCUCUCCAAAGGGGCCAGAGUCUCCACCAGAUCUUGCCCAGCAGCACUACACCAAGGGCAAUCUGGUCCGGAUAUGCAUUGGGGCUGUGAUUCUAAUACUCCUGGUGGGGCUUCUGGCAGAAGAUUGGCACAGCAGAAAGAAAUCCCUGCCACGCCGGGUCAGACCUAUCCGCAGGCCACUCCCACCCCUCCCGCAGACCCAGAAACCACACAGUCAGCAGGAUGGGGGUCGACCAGAUGGCCAUAACCAUGGGCACCACCAUUAG